UCUUUUCUGCCUUCCCUGUUCUCCUGGUUUCCCCACCUACUCUCAGCGAUCCUCCUUCCGCUUCUGCCUUCCUGGCUUUUGCGUGUAGAAUCCUNCCUCUCUGCUCCAGUUCUCUGAGCCUCACCUGUCUUCUGUCCCUAGUCUCUUUUUCAGUCAGUUCGCCAUCAAUCCCUGGCCGAAACUCUUCAGCAGGUACCUGGUUCACCUGUCCCCCAAGUGCCCUCCUCCCUGGAGAGCUCCCAGACCAGACUCCUCCUCCGAUCCUCCCUCUGCCCUNCUCACCUUUAAUUGAGAUGCUAAUGAGGCUUCUGUCGCUCCCAUCCUUGCCCGUGGCCGACGGGCGGUCUCUGGAGCCAGGCACUGCACCUGUCAGGUGAGAGGGUGGAGAGGCUCGGCUGCCAGAUUUAACUGGAAAGGAACCAGUCACAGCCCAGCCACACCUGGGAGCCGGGAGCAGGAGGCAGCUCCGGCCUCCUGCAACCCGCGGUCCCCGAGGCAGAGAAGGAGGUAGCAGGGAGCUGGAGGCCAGGGCUAGAAGAGGACCCAAGAGGAGACAGGGAAGGCAGGGGAGGAAGUGAGGCAGGAUCAGAGAGCCUGGCACAGAGAGGGAGACCCAAAGAGAAGGGGAGUCAGCUGGGCCAAGAGGGCGUGAAAGCCGGAGCGAGUCAAACAGUCCGGGAGGAAAAAGGGCAAGANGGAGAGGCGCUAAGCCAGACAGGGUGCCUGCUGUGGAGACCCAGGGAGGCGCUAGCNGGCAAACGAAGGUGGCCUUCGCUGUGACCACUUCGCUCUGUGGCCACUCCAGUGAAGCUCCGUGCUGCCUGGUUGGCCCCAACUCCAGAAGGUCAGCUGGCUCCUGGAGAGGUGGAGGAGGGUGGGAGGACUGAGGAAGAGGGAACUCUGUGUGGGAUGCGGGCACCGUCACGGACAGCUCCAUUCUGCCUCCAUACUAAUGAUGCUGAACCACACCAGAGCCCCUGANCUCAACNUUGACCUAGACCUUGACAUCUCCAACUCACCGAAGGGAUCCAUGAAGGGCAACAAUUUCAAGGAGCAAGACCUUUGUCCUCCUCUGCCCAUGCAAGGACUGGGCAAGGGGGACAAGCGUGAAGAGCAGGCNCUGGGCCNGGAACCCUCAGANCCCCGGCAGCCCACCGAGGAGGAAGAGGCACUGAUCGAGUUUCACCGCUCCUACCGGGAGCUCUUCCAGUUCUUCUGCAACAAUACCACCAUCCACGGUGCCAUCCGCCUGGUGUGCUCCAAGCACAACCGCAUGAAGACGGCCUUCUGGGCGGUGCUGUGGCUCUGCACCUUCGGCAUGAUGUACUGGCAGUUUGCCUUGCUGUUCGAGGAAUACUUCAGCUACCCCGUGAGUCUCAACAUCAACCUCAAUUCGGACAAGCUGGUCUUCCCUGCCGUCACUGUGUGCACCCUUAAUCCUUACAGAUACACUGAAAUUAAAGAGGAGCUGGAAGAGCUGGACCGCAUCACGGAACAGACGCUUUUUGACCUGUACAAAUACAACUCUUCCUACACUCGCCAGGCUGGGGACCGCCGCCGCAGCACCCGCGACCUCCGGGGUGCUCUCCCACACCCCCUGCAGCGCCUGCGCACACCACCUCCACCCUACCCCGCCCGCUUGGCGCGCAGCGCGUCUUCCAGUGUACGCGACAACAAUCCCCAAGUGGACAGGAAGGACUGGAAAAUCGGCUUCCAACUGUGCAACCAGAACAAAUCAGACUGCUUCUACCAGACAUACUCAUCCGGGGUGGAUGCCGUGAGGGAGUGGUACCGCUUCCAUUACAUCAACAUUCUGUCCAGACUGCCCGACACCUCGCCUGCUCUAGAGGAAGAAGCCCUGGGCAGCUUCAUCUUCACCUGUCGUUUCAACCAGGCCCCCUGCAAUCAGGCGAAUUAUUCUCAGUUCCACCACCCCAUGUAUGGGAACUGCUACACUUUCAACAACAAGAACAACUCCAAUCUCUGGAUGUCUUCCAUGCCUGGAGUCAACAAUGGUUUGUCCCUGACACUGCGCACAGAGCAGAAUGACUUCAUCCCCCUGCUGUCCACAGUGACGGGGGCCAGGGUGAUGGUGCACGGUCAGGAUGAGCCUGCUUUUAUGGAUGACGGUGGCUUCAACGUGAGGCCUGGCGUGGAGACCUCCAUCAGUAUGAGAAAGGCAGUGUGUAAGAGCUUGCUUGUGGAAGAGGUGAGGAUGCCCUCAGAAAACAGGCGCUUCUCUCCANUCACAGGCUACUGCUACUAUAAACUACAGGCUGCCUUCUCCUUGGAUAGCCUGGGCUGCUUCUCCAAGUGCCGGAAGCCAUGCAGUGUGACCAACUACAAGCUCUCUGCUGGCUAUUCAAGAUGGCCAUCUGUGAAGUCCCAGGAUUGGAUCUUCGAGAUGCUGUCCUUGCAGAACAAUUAUACUACCAACAACAAAAGAAACGGAGUCGCUAAACUCAACAUCUUCUUCAAAGAGCUGAACUAUAAAACUAAUUCGGAGUCUCCCUCUGUCACGAUGGUCAGCCUCCUGUCCAACCUGGGCAGCCAGUGGAGCCUGUGGUUCGGCUCAUCUGUGCUGUCUGUGGUGGAAAUGGCGGAGCUCAUCUUCGACCUCCUGGUCAUCACACUCAUCAUGUUACUGCACAGGUUCCGGAGCCGGUACUGGUCUCCAGGAAGAGGGGCCAGGGGUGCCAGGGAGGUGGCCUCCACCCCAGCUUCCUCCUUCCCUUCCCGUUUCUGUCCCCACCCUACAUCCCCGCCACCUUCUUUGCCCCAGCAGGGCACGACCCCUCCCCUGGCCCUGACAGCCCCUCCACCUGCCUAUGCUACCCUAGGCCCCUCUGCCUCCCCACUGGACUCAGCCGUGCCUGACUCUUCUGCCUGUGCUCUGGCGGUGGCGCUCUGAGAGAAGAGAGUGCUCCUCNCACCCAGGCCAGUGCUCCCAUCACUUCAGCACAUCUUCCACAGCUGCCCAGCUGUCUUUGGUGUGUCCUGGAGGAACAGGCUAAGCAAGGGGCCCAGGAAGUUGUCCAGAGGACAGGGGCUAAUGAGCUGCUCAGAGCUGCCCUGCCCCUGCUUCUGAACACUGCUUUCCACACAAGCACGGGCAAGUCCCCUUUACCCUUGGAUCAGCCAAGCCAGACUUGGAGCUUUGACAAGGAACGUUCCCGGGAAACGACCAAACGAACUGAACACAUAUAAACAAGGCCCAGAGAAGUGGCCACAGCCUUCCCACCCCAUGACCAGAGACUGGCCUGGCCUCACUGCUUUCAAGGACACAGAUGUCUGCUCCCCUUCUUGAACUUGGGUGGGGAACCCCACCCAAAAGCCCCCUUGUUAGUUCUUUGGCAAGUCUCCUUCCCUCACUCCUCAGGGUGGGGGCUAGAGUAAGCCUGGUAUUCUGCGUUCUCAAGACUCUCUUUCUCAUUUGGUACCCUGUACCCCAGUGCCUCUGCGUUGUCUCCUUCUUGUGUGCCUUCUGAGCUGUUUCUUCAGCCUAGAAACUCCCUGCUCAAAGGCACCUUUGCUUUUGUGAACUCGUUUACCCUAUCCUGUCUCCCCCAGGACUGCCCCCUCUCCCCUCACCCCCACAGCAUACUGUAUUAGAUGCUCACAUUCUUUUGUGUCCAUCUCCCUGGGUAGACUGAACUGUACUCAGGGAUGAGUUUUGCUCAUUUUUUUAUCCUUCNGUUCUAGCGCAGUAUCCCACUUGGAAAAGGUUGGCAGAUACUCAAUAAA